CCCUGCCAGUCCCUCCUGAGCUCUCCGAGCGGCCCCAGCCUGCCGCCCACCGCCUGCUGCCCGAGGGUGAAGCCCGGCGUGGUCGACAGCCCCAGGGCAGAUGAGUCACCUGCCGUGCCUGUCCCCCAGCCUGGAGCCUGGGGAGAUGCCAUCCCCCAGAACGGUGGGGAGGAAGCGCGGGCGGCCCCCGCUGCAGCCGGCGCCCAUCAAGGUGGCCGUUCACAACCUCUACUCAGCUCCAGCAGGUGCUCUGCCAGUCGUGAAGAUCCCAAAAAAGAGAGGGAGGAAACCCGGGCACAAGCUGAAGUCUCGUGUCCUGAUGCCUCCCUUGGCAAUCUCUCCACCCAGAAGCACACCAGAGCCAGAUGUUAGCUCAAUCCCUCAGGAUGCGGCUACGGUACCCACCUCGACCACCCCACAGGCUCUCACAGUCUGCAUUUACAUCAACAAGCAAGCCAACCUGGGGCCAUACCUUGACAGAAAGAAGGUGCAGCAGCUCCCAGAGCACUUUGGCCCUGAGAGACCAUCAGCAGCCCUGCAGCAGGCUGUCCAAGCCUGCAUCAACUGCGCGCUGCAGCAGAAGGCUGUCUUCUCGCUCAUCAAGCAGGGCUAUGGAGGAGAGAUGGUGUCAGUGUCAGCUUCUUUUGAGGGGAAGCAGCACCUCCUGAGCCUGCUGGCAGUGAACAGCAUCGGCUACGUCCUGCGCUUCCUGAAGAAGCUCUGCCGCAGCCUCCUGUGUGACAACCUCUUCAGCAACCAACCCUUCCAGCAGCACAGCACCGGGCUGCAGAGCCCACAGCUCUAUGAGGACAGGAUGGAGGCAGCAGAAACAGUCAUCCCUGAGGACUACCUGGCUGAGCCAGCACACGUGAAGCGGUUCAGCGUGGAUCCUGCCGACUCUGCCUUUGGGUGCAUGAGCUCCAUGUAUGCAAUGCGCCAGAGCCCCGCAGAUGGACGUCCUGCUGCAGCCUCCUCUUCCUCCUGUGGCCAUCGUCCUACCCAGAUGUCUUCAGUGGGCUCCUCAUCUACAGGCCUGCAGCAUCAGACCUCCAGCCCAAGCAGGAACGGGACCUACACCGAGGGAAACAGAAGUGCCUCAAGUCCUUCACCAGAACGACAAGAGCCAGCUCGGCCAUCAAGCAAGAACCCUUUGACCUGGACGGUGGACGAUGUGGUUUGGUUUGUGAAGGAUGCAGACCCUCACACGUUAGGUCCUCACGUGGAGCUCUUCAGAAAACACGAGAUCGAUGGCAAUGCGUUGCUGCUGCUGAAAAGUGACAUGAUCAUGAAAUACCUGGGGCUGAAGCUGGGACCUGCGCUCAAACUCUGUUACCACAUCGACAAGCUCAAGCAAGCCAAGUUCUAACAGCUCCUUGAACAACCACAGGACCUGCCCUAAAUCUAGGAGGCAAGCUGAAGGUAACAUGUUGCCUUAUGGAAGUGCAUUCAUCUGCAGGUUGUUUUCCCUUCUUUUUCUAACACAGACUUUGUCUUUUUUAACAUUUGGUGCAUCUUCACCUUUUUUUUAAUCCCGUGGGGUCUUUGGGGCUGCUUUUGUGUUAAUGAUUUGCCAAGAAGUAUAUAAUUACAAUAAUUAUUUUGUAUCAUUAAUAUUAUUAUGAUUAUACUGAGUCCUAUUUUUGUAAUCAGAAGUGGGAAAUCAAAACCAAAUGCAGUUGUGGUGUAGGCUGAAGACUGCUGAGGGACUUGCCUGCCCUGGGUCUGUCUUGGUGCUGACCUGUAUCAGCCGGGCUCCAGUGCCAGCAGCAAUGGUCUAGGGCUGGAAAAGCCCUGGGUCUGGUCACUUGUGGUCUGAGGGGAACUGCCCCAUGACUUGCACUAUCUGGGAAACUUGAACUCUUCCGUUUUAAAGGGAAAAAAAAUGGAAAGAAAAGAUGGAGGAAAGAAAAAUGAGAAAGAGAGAAACAGAAAGAGAAUGGGAGAGAGAAGGAAAGAAAGAAAGAGAGGAAGGAAGGAAGGAAGGAAGGAAGGAAGGAAGGAAGGAAGGAAGGAAGGAAGGAAGGAAGGAAGGAAGGAAGGAAGGAAGGAAGG